UGGGGCCCAACAGAAUCCUCAUGGUCUCAUCAGUCGCCUGUAUAUAUCCAUCCCACAAAUCAAAAACACAAACAAAACCGGCUGCGGGCUUUUCCUUGCACUAUCUAUAAUUGUUGUUGUUGUUGGUUUUUAUUUUAUUCUUCAUCAAAAUUAACCAAUAAGAAUAUGGGUGGGGAAAGAGGUGUUGUUGUGGCUUUGGUGAUGAUGGUGGCCAUGAUGGCCACGAUGCUAAAUGUGGUUCGAGCGGGGCAGCAUGUCGUGCAGUGGACGCCACAAUCGUAUCAAGAUAUGAACGUGAGUGUGGGAGAUUCUAUUGGGUUCAAGUUUGAAAGGGGUAAAUAUAAUGUGAUGGAGGUGAGCCAAAGUGACUAUGCCACGUGCACGACCACCCCCAUAGGCACCAUAUACACUUCCGGGCUGGGUGCUUAUAGGUUCACUGGGGCUGGGACACACUACUUCAUAUGCGGAAUACCCCCGCAUUGCAAGACUGGACAAAUGAAGAUCACUGUUAACGUUAUUUAAUUAAACCAACCUAAUUAAACUAGCUCAUCAUCGAUGCUAGUGGUAGUGCUACCGUUUUUAAUUAAGACAUUAUGUAUUAUUAUGAAGAAGCCACUUUAAUUACUACUAUGCACGUGUUUACUAUCUUUGGACUUUCCUUAUUCCACACACACUACUCAACUCGAUCUCCUCAAGUUAUUGGGGCUAGAUUACCAGUGUUGUAUCCAAUAAUCCAUCUAU